AGCCUCCGUUUGUGAAAGUGCCGAGACAUGUGCAUACAUAUCACAUAUGUACUAACUCACACAUGAUACACGGCAACUCGUUGAGAAGAAUCGCCCUCCACGACCCCGGUAUCUUGCUUUUGAAUCGUUUCUCGUCGGCGAUAAAAGCAGAGCUGAAGAGUCAAGAAAACCGUCCGGAGAAAAGUUCUAUUUGAGGUUACAAACAUGUCAAGUUUUCUCGUCCGCAAGUCCCUCGUUGGGUCUGUAAAAACCCUGAAGAGUCUCUCGCAAUUUGGAAUUGUUCCUGUGAGGAGGUUGAAUUUGCUGGAAUACCAGAGUAAAGAGUUGCUGCGCGACUCCGGAGUUUCGGUCCAAAACUUCGCUAUUGUUGACGAUUUACAGAAAACACCCAAUGCUCUGGAGACCUUGCAUGCCGAGGAGUAUGUAGUGAAAGCUCAGGUCUUGGCUGGAGGUCGAGGAAAAGGAUGGUUUGACAAUGGCUUCAAGGGUGGUGUUAAAAUCACCAAAGACAAGAAAGCAGUGGCAGAAUAUGUGAAAAGCAUGCUGGGCCAUCGUUUGAUUACAAAGCAAACUUCCAAAGAUGGAAUCCUAGUUCAAAAAAUUAUGAUUGCAGAGUCUGUAGAUAUCACUAGAGAAACAUAUGUUUGUAUACUCAUGGACAGAUCACACAAUGGACCUGUUCUGAUAGCGUCCCCUGCUGGUGGCAUGGAUAUUGAAGCUGUGGCAGAAAAAACUCCAGAGCAGAUUAAAACUAUACCUCUAGAUAUCUACACUGGUAUUGAUGAUGAGAUUGCAAAGGAAGUGGCAGAAUUUUUAGGUUUCAAAGAGGAAAAACUCAAACAAAAAGCCGUCUAUGAAUUGAAAAACUUGUGGAAACUGUUUGUUGAUAUUGAUGCUCUUCAGGUUGAAAUUAAUCCUCUGGUUGAAACUAAAGAUGGAGAAGUUGUAGCUGUGGAUGCCAAAAUAUCAUUUGAUGAUAAUGCAGAAUUCAGGCAGAAAGAUAUCUUUGAUUUGGAAGAUACCAGUGAAAAAGAUCCAAGAGAGGUGGAUGCCUCCAAGUUCAACUUGAACUACAUUGGAAUGGAUGGAAAUAUUGGAUGCUUGGUAAAUGGAGCUGGACUUGCAAUGGCAACUAUGGAUAUUAUCAAACUGAAUGGUGGAACUCCGGCCAACUUUUUGGAUGUGGGUGGUAGUGUGAAGGAAGAUCAAGUUUAUCAAGCAUUUAGAAUACUUACUGAAGAUCCGAAAGUGCAGUCGAUUCUUGUUAAUGUUUUUGGAGGUAUCGUUAAUUGCGCCACAAUCGCUAAAGGAAUAGUGUCCGCUGCGCGUAAUUUGGGUCUUAAAAUUCCCCUUGUUGUUAGAUUGGAAGGCACAAACGUAAACGAAGCCAAAAAGAUCAUUGCCGAGUCCGGCCUGCCGAUUUUGACGGCCAACGAUCUGGACGAAGCUGCGAAAAAGGCAGUUGCCUCGAUCAAAAAAUUGCAAAGUGAAGAAGGGCACAAUGACCUGAAGCUCAAAAUGUCGCAAUAGUUCAAUACGUUCCUUUAACAUGACUAAAGACUGGCAUAUCAUUCCCGUGAUCAUGUUCAUGGAUCAUCAAAUCAGAACCAAUGCCACAUCGUCAUCACAUUCAGCUCCCUUCAUUCACAUUUUAACGCAAAAAACACUUUUAAGGACCUGACGUUAAGAACAAGACGAGAGCGAGACUCAUUGUUUCUAGUUACAUAAGAUAAGACUAUAAGCGUUUUUUGAAAUAAAUGUUUUGUUACCAAAA